AUGUUAGGUCACAGCAAUAUAACGGCAAAUGUGACAGAACAUGACACAUUCUCAGUGAGCGACAUGAUCCAUAUGACUUUUGAAUUGAUACUCAUGGCGUUCAUCUGUACUGUCAACACCCUAACACUGGUUACAGUUAGCCUAAAUCAGAACCUGUGGAAUGUUCCUAACAUGUACGUUAUAUCGCUGGCCGUUGCGGAUUUUCUCACUGGAUUGUCGCUCGCUUACCAAGUUGUGUUCCACGUACCGGAGAUAAAGUCGGUGUUUGACCAGUUUAAGUAUCUUUGUUUAUUUAAACAUGUUGUGUUCUUUACCACGCACGCGACGUCCGUGUCGAAUAUGGUUCUUAUUGCUCUUGACAGAUGGGCAUGUAUUACGUUUCCUUUUGAAUACGAACGUUUGGCCACCAUACCAAAGGCAAGAAUACUCAUCGCAUUUGCCUGGAUUAUUGCAACAAUCAUCGGGUCAAUGCCGCUGUACAUCAACAAAUGGGAACAAAACAUCCGUUGCCGAUUUUUCAAAGUACUGACAAUGGAAUAUCAAAUUUACAUUCUUGGAGGAUACCUUACUGUGUGUUCAAUAAUUAUUGCAGCUUGCUAUGGUCAUAUAUUUCGUAUUGCCAAGAGAGAAAGAGAAGCCAUUCUGCGGGUGACGGUCAUUAGCGCCGCACAAACCGAUGGUGCACGAAUGGCCAAGUUCAAAAGAGACUGGGAGUUGGUUGUAAUGUUUGGCGUUGUUUUUGGUGUUUUCUUCCUCUGCACCGCCCCGGCGUUCAUAUUUGUGACCAUAGCAUACACAGUGGGGGUUUCAGAAACCGUCAACAGCUUCACUGUUCCGCUACUUAUGAUGAAUUCUGGGAUGAACUUUAUUAUUUACGUCGUGAAAAACUCACAGUUUCGAACCGCUUUAAAAGCCACGUGUUUGAGACGUCGAAUGUAA